GGCACAAGCCAACCAAACCUUUACAUUGGUACAACACAAGACAAGGUGGCAGUGGUGACUGGUGGGUGAAGCAGAAGCACACCACAUGAAACGCCAAACCAAAUUCAACACCGCCCUUUAAUUCUUUUCAGAACCCCACUGCGCAAGUUCGCUUCUUUUUUCGAUUAAACCCUUGCCCUCUUCUCCAAGCAAUCACACCCUCUUCCUCUUUCUGCUCCUCUGCGUGAACCCCUUUUCGCCUCUUCACUCUUUGCCACCCAAAGUCUCUACCUUUAUCGGUUUAAUCGUCUUAUAACCUCCCUACAAUGUACCCCCUGUCCCUUCUUUCGUCUAAUUCCUCAAUUUCAGUCACUGGGUGGUGCUUAGUUUUAGCAUAUGGCUGAGGAUGUUUGACUUGUGUUUCUCACUUGUUUGAUUCUUUAGUCAUUUUUUCCCUUUUAAUCCUUCAGUUUUUCUACCUUAUAUACCUGGCUUGCUGCGCCUUCCUAUUAUUCUCUCUGGGUUAUUGGAGGGUUUAUUAAAUUUAAGCAGAUUGUCUGAAGGUGUUUUUGUGGUUCAAUUUAUGACUAAUUGGAUUAGACACUAGGUUAGUGGUUACAUAGAUCAGGGAAUUCGUGUAAUAUAAUAUAAUUUUUUGUUGUAUUCCGUGUCUUUGAUUCUGAAAUAUUCAUUCCGUUGUCCCUUUUUUGACGAAGCAAAUUGCUUCCUGUGAGAAGAACUUGAGACUGAAAUCAACCCUUUAUUGUUUGAGGGCGCUGAGGGGUUAAAUGCAGAUAUUGUUUCCCAUUGAAGUUUCCUCAUCAUUACCAAGCGUACAGUGAAUUUUUGUACAUUUGUACAUUGAGAAAGAGUGAACAGGGAUGUGUGAGAGGAAUUGUCUGAUAAUUUAGACAUUUAAAGUGAAGCACAAAUUAGUUAGAUCCUGGAGAAGAUUGAUGUAUUUGAUAUGAAGAAUGGGAGGAGGUGAUCAUUCAUUGGCACCGCAAUGGUUGAAAAGCAGUGGAAAUGACAGUAGAGUGACUGAUACAAACAACCAAUUCACAUCACCAUACUCUGAUCAUAUGACUUAUACCAGUCGUCAACGGAAUCCUAGCCUCUCAAGGUCAUAUAGUAGUUCUGAGAGAAGCUGGACUGAUAUGGAUGGGGAGAAAGAUAUUGACAAUGACGGCCUGACCUCAGCAUCAGUUGGAAUCAGAAGCAAGGCUAUGAUGAUGCAUCAGUCUAAUAUUUCUUCAAGCACAUCUUCUAUGGGCCUCAGUAUGGCUGAGACAUUGGCUCAAAGUCCACAUCACUCUUAUUCACCAUCCAAAGUAUCUGCUAGUACUCAAAAGCUUGAAGAGUUGGCCCUCAAGCAAUCUAGGUUAUUAAUCCCAGUGACACCAUCCACACCUAGAUCCCUGGCGGCUAGCUCUUUGGAAAAAUCAAAGGCCAAGACAGGGCGACACCAGUAUCCCUUCUACUCGCGGCGGUCCGGUCAUUCAUUGCAGGGUGCUCAUCCAAACUCAGAUAUGCAGAAAAUUAGUUCUGUUAAUUCCCAUAAUUUCAGUGCUUCAAGAGAGUUGAAUGGUGUCUCUUCAGUAGUAAAGGACAACUUAAGUUCCAAUAGUAGAUCAUUGGCCACCCCAGUUACUAGAUCCACUUCUAUAGCUGCUGCCUCUAGAAGCUUAGGUAACAACAAUUCAACCCCUUCUUCAUGGAUAACAUUGGAGAAGAAAACAACUUUUCCUACCCAGAGCAGGAAUGAUUUCUUCAAGAAUCUUUCAAGGAAGAGUUCCUUGGAAAACCCUUCUUCUGACAUGUCUUGUUCCUCGGAGAAGUCUGAAGCCAGCACAACAAAUGUCUCUAGUUGUCCCAUUCUGAAACCUAGAGAAGCUUCUUCAGUGGAUUCCUCUUCUCUGAACAUGGUGAGUGACUCCAGCUCCAUGAUUACAGUGAAUGACAAUGCUGCCAAUGAACCUCUGAAACCUUCAAGCAGUGGAGAGAAUCAGCAUAUCAGCAAUCCAUUUCAUUUUACAGAAGAGGAAGAGAUGGCAUUUUUACGUUCACUUGGGUGGCAGGAAAGUGUUGGAGAUGAUGAAGGCCUCACUGAAGAGGAGAUACAAGACUUCAAUCAAAAGCACAUGAAGUUACAGCCAUGACCAAUUAUUCUGCAACAUGUACUGCUACUUGAUUCCAUUACUGGAGGAUUAGGUGGAACUCAACAAGUAAAUUAUGUUUACAAAUUAGAAGUUUUUCUAAUUUUUACUGUUAUUUGUUAAAGAUACAAACUCUGCUACAGGUUUUAGUUGGAGAAUAGAACUAGUAGCUAGUAGGAGGACAAUAAAAUGGUUCACCAUACUUCAUUAUCAUUAGAAAUAGAAAAAGGGCAAGAAAUUAGUUGAUUUUGUU